CCCCAUGCAAACCCUACACCACCACCUCACAUUUCGUAAAUUUCAUCGCAUAUUCAAGAAAUAAUGGGUAAGUUUUGGUGUUUGAUUCUUGUUCUUGUUGUGUUUGCAUUUUUGCAUGCAAAUGCACGUAAUUUGCCUUCUGAUGAUGAUCAUGCUGGUGGCGUUACCGAUCAUCAGCAAACUGUACUGAAAAAUAAUGAUGCUGUUGCACCGGCAGCUGAGUCACCAGCCGGUACUGGUCUUAAAGACAAGAAGAAUUUCAUUUACGGCGGUGUUGGUGGCUUUGCUGGAAUGGGCGGCUACGCCGGCAUGGUUGGGGGUUUGCCUCUUAUUGGUGGAGUUGGUGGAAUUGGCAAGUAUGGUGGAAUUGGCGGAGUUGCCGGAGUUGGAGGUGGCCUUGGCGGUGCUGGUGGUGGUCUUGGGGGACUUGGUGGCCUUGGUGGUGGUCUUGGCGGUGGAGCGGGUGGUGGUGCUGCCGGUGGCGCAGCUGGGGGUGCUGGUGGUGGGAUUUUGCCAUGUCCUUAAUUGGGUCAAUAUUGAGGCAGUGGUUUAAAUUAGUUGGUAUUAAUGUUUUAGCGUAUUGUUUUAUAUGGCAAGUACUGUCCAUAAAUUUAUGUUUAAGUCAUGAAUUAGUAGUCUCUACUGAGGAGUACAUGGUAGAGUUUAUUUUUAUCUGUUGCUAUGUAAUGUUCUUUCAUGUUUUAAUGUUA